AUGGAUUCUGCAAACUUUGUUUUUGUCACUAAGGAACUGUUGAACAUUCGCGAUGAAAAGACGGCAUCUACCAUCUACCAUCUACAUAUGUGUGCUGCGCUUUCUUGCGCUUUCGCAACUGCUGGAGAGGCCACAAAGACGGAAGGCUUCGGCGCAGCCGACAGUUUUCUGCAACAGCUCACACUCAAAGUGUUCAAUCCCCGAGUGGUGCCCGACCGAAUACUCUACGGCAUCGUCUACUUUGACGUUACGGAGCCAAUGCAAAUAAAGUGUAUCACAUUGAAAGGCAAAGGCAAAAUGACGAAACAGAUUCAGUCAAGAAAGAAGAAGCAGGAAGCAAUGAACAGCGAAUGUGUAAGUGUUUACCUGUUAACUUUGCUUACCUUAGUAAUAUGCAAAUUUCAUUUCUCGAUAGGAUAUAUUUUUUCGAAAGCGCUUGUUUAUGAAAAAGAUGGAGAUAGCAAAAGGGAAUAA